UCUUGUCGGCUCCGAGAGACACAUAGUGAUACAAGAGCUGGGAGGCGGCUCCGGCGCGGACCUUGGAGAACCUGGCGGCCGGCCCGCGAGCCAGUCUCGGUCCCCGCGGCCCGCCGAGGCUGAGAGCCAUCCAGCGACCCGGCGAGCGGCCUCAGGCCCUGCCAUGGGGAAGACCAACAGCAAGCUGGCCCCAGAGGUGCUAGAAGACCUGGUUCAGAACACUGAGUUCAGCGAGCAGGAGCUGAAGCAGUGGUACAAGGGCUUCCUGAAGGAUUGCCCCAGCGGCAUCCUCAACCUGGAGGAGUUCCAGCAGCUCUACAUCAAGUUCUUCCCCUACGGCGACGCCUCCAAGUUUGCGCAGCACGCUUUCCGCACCUUCGACAAGAAUGGCGACGGCACCAUCGACUUCCGGGAGUUCAUCUGCGCCCUUUCGGUCACCUCCCGCGGCAGCUUCGAGCAGAAACUCAACUGGGCCUUUGAGAUGUACGACCUGGACGGCGACGGGCGCAUCACGCGCCUGGAGAUGCUGGAGAUCAUUGAGGCUAUCUACAAGAUGGUGGGCACCGUGAUCAUGAUGCGCAUGAACCAGGAUGGGCUCACACCCCAGCAGCGUGUAGACAAGAUCUUCAAGAAGAUGGACCAGGAUAAGGACGACCAGAUUACACUGGAGGAGUUCAAGGAAGCAGCAAAGAGUGACCCGUCUAUUGUGCUGCUGCUGCAGUGUGACAUGCAGAAGUAGAGGCUGGUGAGGGGCAGGGUCCCUGGCCAGGAGGGUCAUGGCCACCUCCCAACCCAAUGACCUCUCUGGCUGGCCCUUCCCCAGGGGGAGGGGAACUCCAGCCUCAUUCUCUGGCCCACCCACCCCUCUGCCCAAGCCCUUGCUCUCCUCAGUCAAGAUCCUUGAGGGACCACCUCACCCUGGGAAAGAGAUAGAUCCUCAGGUAUCCUAUGGUCUAGCCCCAGCCCCUUGGCCCAGAACCAACAUCCACUAGGCAUAGGGGAGUUGGCCUUUGCCCCAAGAUGCAGGAUGAAGGAGGGGGCUGGCUGGGUUCUGCUUUGAAAUUCUGCUCUUCCUGGGAUUGUACUUUGUAGGACAUGGUCCCACAGACCCCAGUAAAAGGGCCAAAUUGGGUCUGUCCUUUGCUGAGGACCCAGAUCCCUUAAAGUGGUCUCUGCCCUGCUCCAACGACUCUUCCUGGCCCCUCUGGCCCCAGCCUUUGGAGUGUUCAUUCAGUCCUUUCUUCAGCCAACGUUUAUUGAGCACUUGUCCAAUGCCAGGAACCUCUGGGUACUUAGGAUAUGGUAGCUUACAAAACACAUUCCGAGCCCUCUGGUGAGGCAAACUUCCAGUGAUCAGGGUCUCAGACAGGGAUAUCGAGCACAGAUGAGCAGAGGGUGCAGUAAGGCUGGUUAGUUUGAAAGGAACUAUUAAAUCUUUCCACUCAGCUCCAAGCAGAGCUGCAGGAGGAUGAAAUGAAAAGUGUUUGGAAGUCUAGAAACUAUGUCAGUGGAAAUUUUAAGAAAAAUGGAAAUUUACAUAAUACUUAUUUUUUUAGUACCCUUUAAAAGAGCUAAAACCAUUUAGUUAGUUGAGGAUAUUAAAGUAUACUUUAUAUUAUUUGGUUUCUUGGAAAAUGAUUACAUGAAUAUAGAAAAUGCUAAUUUUCAGGGUGGAAAAGAGAGCUGAGAAAAAAGAGAGAAAAUACCAUGCAACUUACCAGAUGAUGCUUUUUCUUAUCAGGCUAAGUCCUGAGCUUUCACCAUCAGCAGCUUCUGCUGCUUCCUUUUUCAUGAUCUUUUUCAAUUCAGCGAGCAGCUCCCUACUGUGCAUUUAUUCCAGUUGGGUGCUGACUUCAGAAACAGAAAACACAAGGCUUGCAGAGAGUGAGACAAGUGUAGUUCCCACAUCUUGGUAGUUCCGGUCUGGAUUUGGUCUAGUUUUAGGACGGGCUUGUUCAUUCACUGCUACAGAAGCAGAAGGAGCUAGAAGAAGAGGACCAGCCGGCCACUGUUUAGGCUGCCAAGCUGCAUUUAUGGGCCAAAUGCUUAAAAAUGUGUUGGGCAUGCUCCUUUUGAAAGGCUUUUUCUAACCCCAAAUCCUAAAUCUGCCAGGUAAUUCAUCAUCUUCCAAGUGCACUGGCUUUGCUUUCCAAUGUCUGCUUUCCAAUUUUGGAUCCGUGAGCUAUACAGCUGCAUGCUUUGGCUGCCAGAAAAUUAAUCUUGCUUCUUCAUCAAGCCUUUCACUUUAUUUUCUCCUGUACUUGUAAUCAGAAACUAGCUUUGAUGUGCUAUGAUAGUGGAUUUCCUCUUGAACUGCUGGUGAAAAGAGCCUAGUACACAGGUGCUGUCAGCCCAGGGUGGGAGCAGGGAAUGAUUGCUGAGUCCAGGGGUGCGGGAUGGUAUCUGCAGGAAAGAGAUGCAACGUACCUCUUACCCCUGAGUGCUCACCUGUCCUCCCUCUCUGCAGGUGGAAACUCUUUGGGAUGCUGACCUUUGGUCUCAAACUCCUUUGGAUCUUCCUUCUUGCUGCCCUUGGAGGUAGCAAGCUCACUGGGUUGCCACCCUCUUCUAUCCUUCUGCCUGUGACCAGCCACAUGGUAAGGCUGGGGAAUUCACAUCCUUAGGCAGUAACUGAGUUUUUAUCCAGUAAUGUCAAGGGAUUGUCCAUUGCUCUGAGGAGCUGGCCAUCAGGUGUGCCUUGUGCUGCCCGUCAGCACUAGAGAUACAUAGAGGUCCAACAGUCUGGCUCAGCUGAGACUUCCAGUGAGAGGCUUUUUACAAAGUGGGGCUCUUAUCCCCUAAACAUUGAAUCUGACCUAACUCACAAUCACACAGAACUUCAUGGCUUUCAAAGGCUUGCCAUCGACCCCAUCUCAUUCUGCCCUCACGGUAGGGAAACAGGGGUUUUUCAUUCCAUUUCUCCUGACUUGGAAACCAAGGUACAGAGUGGGGAGUUCCUUGUGCAAGAUCACUCACACAGUUGGGAGAUAGCAGUGUCAAGACUUGAACCCAAGGCUCCACGAGCCUUUCUUCCUUCAGAGUCUCUUCCCUGUUUAUUUCUCUGACUCUGAGUUGUACAGAAGUUGACUGUUGGGGCAAGCUAAGUUGGUUUUGGUCUUUUGCUUCUGCUAAGAAGUUUCUGAGGCUGUGGUCUUCCAAAAAGAAGAGCUUGGUUGAAGUCCCCACAUUUUCAAUCAUCUCAUUUUCUAUUUCUGGGCAGCUCUGCUAACAGGUCAGUGCUGUCCUAGGAGGCCUCUGACUCAACCCUGGAAGCAUCUUGCACUGUCUUUACCACCAUCUUCAUCCCUGAGAAAACUGUUUUGGUUUUUCCUAGCUGGUGGGCAAGUCCCAGUCCUACCCAUGAGGGCAUGUUUGAUCAUUCCAAGCUUCUGGACACAUACCCAUGGGUGAUAUUUCCUGUUCAGGCCAAAGCUUCUCAGACAUCCCAGCAGCAUGAAUAUAUUAUACCAGGCCAAGAACUGGGACCACCAUCUUGCUGAUGGGAGGAGCCACAGGCAGGCCAGGGCUUGCUCCCACAUGCUUCUGGAUGCCCCAGGGACUGCGUGCUUGGGAGCUCUUGUGGUAGAGCACCGGCCCUGCCUUGAGAGGAGAGGUAAGCCUCCCAUCCCUGCCCCAGCUGAGAGACUUGCCACAGAGCACAGGGUUAGCAGAGACUGAAGUAUGACCCGCAUAGACACAAAAAUAUACAGACAGUUCAAACGUUGAUAUCUACAAACUCUCCACUGAAAUUCUGUAUCUUCUUGCAGCAACUCUGUGAAUUGCAAGGUCCCCAAAUCUGCCUUCUAACUGUAUUCUGUCCUCAUUCAUCCUUUUGGGCUAAUUGAUGAGCCCUUUAUUUCUUAUCUCUAAAAAUCAUCAGCAAAGGUGACUUCAGAUGCCCAUGCCCUCUCUAGUCUUUUGAGCUGUAGUCAGGAUUAUAUGACUUACUUUAAAAUCAAAAGUUAAGCAAAAGGAAGCCCAUAAGCAAAAGGCACUGAAUCUUUUCCUGACAAUGACAGAGUCCCUAGAGUUAGAAAUUCAUCCUGCUGCAGAGAGACAGACGGAGGGGAGGGGAGAGAAGGGAAAGAGAGAAUAAGAGAAGAAGCUGGGCAGGGUAGUAAGCUGACACUGUAUUUUUACUCAAAAAUGUAUUAAAGCAACAAAUAUUUCCUGAAGAUCCACCCUGGGUGAGGAUUUGUGCUGACUUUAGAGAUCACCGUAGGGGCAAGAAUACAUUUCUUACAUGUUUUAUUCAUCAGUUUUGAAAAAAAGAAAUUCAAAUAGUGCAGUUGAAAAGUCUCAGAAAAAUACGGGAUUUUCUUCCUGACAUUUUCAGGGUUUUCUUUUACCUUCACCAGAAUGUGGGGGCAGGACUGGGCCUCCCAGGGUGUAUGGCCCUUCCUGCCUAGUGGAGGCUUCAGGAGCGCAGAGGCCUGGAGAAGGAGGGGGGUUGGGUCGCAGAGGGGGCCUCCCAACUCAUUCUCCUGAGUGGCCGCUUGUCCCCUUCCGCUCCUGGCUGUGCCUGCAGUGACUCUCCACGCUGUUCGACCCCGUGCUGUGUCGUGUGUUUUUUUCCACUGACAGUGAAUAAAAAGUGUGACCGUG